AUGUAUUUUCCUGAUGGCGAAGAAAUCGAAGGAAAUUUUGAGGGCGAUUUCGAUUUCAUUGAGAGCAUUUACGGUUCCGUAAACAAGAGUAGAAAUAGCAAUGAUAAUAGAGAUAAAAAUCCAGUGGAUUUGACUCUCGAAUUAAAAGAUCCUACGCCGAAUAUUCAAGAUUUAUUCGUUAGAUUUGAUAAAAAAUUUUUUGAUGGAGCACUCGGCAUGGUUUUAGUGACUUGGAGUAAGAGAAUGACCAGUUGUGCCGGAAUGUGUUAUUUUCAGGGUCGAGAAGGAUUUUGUAGAAUUGCUCUUAGUGCACCAUUAUUAUCAUUAAGACCCAGAAAAGAUCUUGUCGAAACCUUAUUACAUGAAAUGAUACAUGCCUUUUUAUUUGUCACCAAUAACAACAAAGACAGAGAAGAUCAUGGAACUGAAUUUCAUAAACACAUGUCUAGAAUCAAUCGUGAGGCUGGAACAAAAAUAAGUGUUUAUCAUACAUUUUUUGAUGAAGUGGAAUAUUAUAAACGUCAUGUUUGGAGAUGCAAUGGUCCCUGUCAAUACGAAAAACCAUAUUAUGGCAUUAUUAAACGUUCAAUGAACAGGGCUCCAGGAGCUCAUGAUUUUUGGUGGAAUCGUCAUAAAAUUGAAUGUGGAGGAACUUUUUUGAAAAUUUCAGAACCAACUGUUAAAAAAAAGCAAAUCGCUAACACAAAACGCAAAAAAGCAAAAAUUGUGGGGAAUGUAAAAACUAUAACAAAAUACUUUUCAAAUAAUGUAUCAAAAGGUCAAGUGUCAUCAAAUUCUAUUUUAACUAAUAAUAGUAGUGCGAUUCACACUAUGGUAACUCCAUCCAUCCUAAAUCCUAAAAAUAAUACUCAAGAAUUUAACAAAAUUAGUUCUGAAACAACUGGAAAAAUAAAUGCAAAAUCUUCCCUAGUGGAAAAUUUAAAAUAUUCAAGUGCCGCAGAUCAUAAUAAUUUAUUAAUAGUUAAACAUAGUGAAUCAUCAGCAACAGGAACCAAUAAUAAAUGCAAUUUAUCUGUGCCAGUAAAUUCAAAUGAAAUUUGUGAUAAACAUUGUAGUGAAAAUGACUUAGUAGAAAGUAAUUCAGUGAAAAAUGUAGUUCGAAAUGUAUGGAGUAAAAAAUUUUUAUCAAAUGCAGUCAAUAAAGAAUUAACAACGUCUCAAGCUAAACAAGUCACGACGUCAAAAGAUGAGAAGAAUGAAAAAGCUUCUUCAUCUGAUAAAACUCUUGAUUCAUUUGAGGGAAAAGAGUUUGGGGAUGUAAAAAACAUGCAAAUCAAUUGUAUUGAAACAGAAGAAUUUGAACAAGAUAAAAAAAAUUGUUCAGUCUGUGAUAAAGGAAUUUAUUUGUUUGAAAUGAAAAAGCAUUUAGAAGAGUGUCCCGAAUUUACAUUUAACCAAGAGGCAUGCAUUCCAUCAAAUUCUCAAAUGAGUGAUGAUUAUGUAAUUUGUCCGUGUUGUUAUAAAAGAAUUAAUGAAAGUCUUAUUAAUAGUCACUUAGAUUCAUGUUUAACUUUGAUUGCAUUAAAAGAGGAAGAGGAUGAUUAUGUAUGA